AAUGAGCAGUCAAGCCAAUGGUGGGGUGGUGGCCCCUCCAGCUCGGACCAAUCAGAGGACAUUUUUGGAUGAUGUCAUUUUGACCUUUACUUCACCAAUGGCCUGGCUGCUGGUUGUGGCUCUGGUCAUCACAUGGACGGGAGUCGCCAUCGUUCUCUUUGAUCUGCUUGACUAUAAAACUCUGGCAGAGUACACAUCAUACUGUGAAGACCCCGUGUGUUUAUCUCCUGGUCUCCCUCCUCCUUCUGCCAUCGCUAAGAGAGGUGGCUUUCGUCCAAUAAGAUCAAGCCCUGCUGGGGUCCCUGGCGACGUCGCGGCUCGGGAGAGUACUGAUUGGUUGGAGAUGGUAUGGACUUUUGCAGCCAGUUUGGUAGCUCCUGAUGAUGAGGAGGAAGGUAUUCACCAGCUAACUGACACCCUCACAUCUUUCCACUCCGAGGAGCCCUGA